ACAACGCCGCUCCAUCUUUUAUUUUAUUUCGCCCUCCUCACCGUAAUCUUUCUACAGUCGAUUACAGUUUUCUCGUUUGCGAGGUACUUUUCUCUUUCAAGUAAAUGAUUUCCCAUGUGUGAUGGAUGAAGUUGGUCCCAGAUUACCCGCGUUUUCGACACAUGUCCAAUAAUUGUUUUUAGAAGAUUACGUUUGUCGGCCCUUUUUGAAUUUUUAUUGGACAUUUGAUUGCUCCCUUUUGCUGUUUGCAGAAUGGCCCAAAAUAGGUCCGUUUGAAUAGUGAUCUGCCACUUAAGUGCGUGCGUGCGUGAGCACCAGGUGUAGCGAAUCUUCUCACUUUAUUGGUCGACAUCUUUUUUUUUUUGUGUGUUUUGUUUUUACGUGUCCUUUUUUUUUCUGGGAGAUCCCCUUGCUUGUCCUUGCGUGUCUCGUGUGUCGGUGCGGCAAAAGAAGAGCACGUGUGAUUUUUCCCGCGUGAUCGUGCCGUAUCAUCCCCCCCUCCUUGCUCGAAAAAAAGAACCGGCCAUGAAAUCUCUGACAGCCUUCGUCUGCUUCCUCGUACUGCCAGCAGGAUCGUUGGCCAGUUGGGAGGAAUGGUGGACUUAUGACGGCAUUUCAGGUCCGUCAUUUUGGGGGUUGAUCAACCCGCAGUGGAUGCUGUGCAACAAGGGACGGCGCCAGUCGCCCAUCGAUAUCGAGCCGGCCAAGAUGCUCUACGACCCGAAUCUAAGGCCGCUCAGCGUCGACAAGCACAAGGUCUCUGGAGUCUUGCACAACACGGGCCAGUCACUCGUCUUCCGUCCGGACACGGGUCCCAAGCAUUCGCUGGCCGUCAACGUCUCCGCCGGCCCGUUGGCCUACCGCUACCAAAUUGAAGAAGUCUUUCUGCACUACGGGACGGACAAUUCGCACGGAUCCGAACAUCGCAUCCAGGGCAACGCGUUCCCGGCCGAGAUUCAAUUUUACGGCUACAAUGCGGAAUUAUACGCGAACGCGUCAGAGGCCCGUCAUAAAUCACAAGGACUUGUCGCUAUCGCAGUCAUGGUCCAGAUUGGCGAUACUCCGAAUUCAGAAUUGCGUUCGUUAUCUUCUCUUUUCGGCCAAGUCAUCUAUCGAGGGCAAUCGGCGGAAUUGCGGCAUGUCUCUCUUCAUGCCCUCCUACCCGAGACGGAACAUUACAUGACGUACGAGGGUUCUACCACGCAUCCGGGCUGUUGGGAGACAACGUCUUGGAUCAUUUUCAACAAACCUAUUUACAUCACCCGCCAAGAGUUGUACGCCCUUCGUCGUUUGGUACAAGGGGACAGCGAAACGCCCAAAGGCGCACUGGGCAACAACGUUCGGGCGCUCCAGCCGCUCCAUCACCGUACAGUCAGAACCAACAUCGAUUUCACCAAUGCAAUGGAACGGGGCUGUGUUACGAUGAAAUCCGACUUGUCCUACAAGGCCAAUUCGUGGAACAUCGCCACAACGUGAUCUUAUUUAUUUACAGGAGUGAAACUGUUAGGGCGGAGAGGGAGUUGUUCCCAAAUCUAGAGUACCAUCAUCUUCUUUCGUUGAACUCAGAAAAAAGGGGAAAGACUAUGAUCAAUUACAAGUCAAUUUAAUUGCGCUGAAAUUGUCUUUUGUUGGCUGGUACCUGGUAUGUACGUUUUCCUUUUAUUUUUUUUCCUUCAUUCAUUGGGAAUCGAUAAUUUGCAAUAAUACGACGACGUCAUCUCCUUCUAUUUCCUCUUCUCCUGCAAAAGAAAAAAAGAAUCUUUUAUUUGUCUAACUGUGUGCACUUUCCUUCUUCUCAUUCUGUUUGUACAUAUCUACAAUACAUACACUCACUCACUCA